UUCCGCCCCGCCCCCUUUUCCCCUUGGCGCGAGCGCCGCGCGGGAGAGAGGGAGAGCCGCAGAGGAGGCCCUUUUGGCAGCAGCAGCAGCAGCAGAGAGCCUACAAAGGCCCCUUUAAGCAUACUGCCAGGAUGGCCAUGGGGACACGGGAACAGUAUGAGCCUGUGGCUGAAAUUGGCAUUGGCGCUUAUGGCACCGUCUUCAAGGCCCGGGACCUUCAGAGUGGCAAAUUUGUAGCCCUUAAGAAUGUGCGGGUGCAGAAUAGCGAGAAUGGGUUGCCGCACUCAACGGUCCGUGAGGUGGCCCUGCUGAAACGACUGGAAAACUUUGACCACCCCAACGUUGUGCGGCUAAUGGAUGUUUGCACAAUGACACGGACAGAGCGUGAGACCAAAGUAACGUUGGUCUUUGAGCACGUGGAUCAAGAUCUGAAAGCAUUUUUGGAAAAAACUCCACCUCCUGGUUUACCAGCAGAUGUGAUUAAGGAUAUGAUGCAUCAGUUCUUGAGUGGCUUGGAGUUCCUGCAUUCAAACUGCAUCGUACAUCGUGACCUUAAGCCAGAAAAUAUCUUGGUGACCAGUUCUGGUCAAGUCAAGCUAGCUGAUUUUGGCCUUGCUCGGAUAUACAGCUGCCAGAUGGCUCUGACACCUCUAGUUGUCACCCUCUGGUACCGUGCUCCAGAAGUGCUGCUCCAGUCAGCCUACGCUACCCCUGUGGACUUGUGGAGUGUUGGCUGCAUCUUUGCAGAGAUGUUUAGAAGAAAGCCUCUCUUCUGUGGCAACUCUGAAGCUGAUCAGCUGGGAAAGAUCUUUGAUUUGAUUGGGCUCCCAUCUGAGGAGGACUGGCCUUUGGAUGUGUCCCUGCCGCGCUGUGCCUUUGCCCCCCGCUCUUCACAGUCUGUUGAGAAGUUUGUGCCAGAAAUAGACCCUCUGGGAGCCCAGCUGCUUUUGGAAAUGCUGACAUUCAAUCCCUUGAAGCGAAUCUCUGCUUUCAAAGCACUGCAUCACCAGUACUUUCAGGACAGGAGUGCAGGUGAAGGGUAACAACCCCACCAAUCCCUGGUGCAGGGAGAGAAAAGACUCUGCAAAAGACUUUGUGUGUAUGAGGAUCAUUUGCACCCCAACGAGAGGCCGCAGCAAGACCAGCCUUCACACCCUCCUGGCUGUGCUGGGAUUGUGGGGGUGGGGGGAAGUGUUGCCAACAUGUGUGGGGAAAAUUAAAGAGUGCAUGUUGCAGGAAGUGCAACACUGAAAUCUUUCCCACCCUGGAAGUGCUAGGACACUAGUGGUGUCUUUGAGCCACCAUUCACACACAUUCAAUGUUCCUGGGUUGAUCCCCAGUGAUGUUGUUGAAGGUCAGUUUGUGUUUGAGAGCCCUGUUUGAGGCAUCUCAUUCAGUCGUCUGUGGGUUCCUUGCCAAAGGUAUUUCUUUAAUAACAUUUUUUUAAAGUAAUUUUUUUAUUAUAACAGUUUACACUCAAUAAUGUUGCUGCCUUAUCACAUACCUGUGGCUAACAGUUUGACACUAAAGCCUUGCCUUGACUCGUUACAGACAUCCUGUGAAAAGUAAAGAAUAUUUUUGUAUAAGCAUUCACAAUCCAUUAUUAUUUUUUGUUCCUAAUUACAAAGACACUGGUCAGGACAGACCUAUGUUACUGAGUACCUUGGCAUAGGAUUGCUGCUGAGGUGAUCAACUGUAUCUCUUUUGAAUCCAGUAAUUGAUGUGAAACCUUAUUCUUACAGAGACACACAAAUCCUUUCAGAAAUUAUGAAAUUUCAAUAAAGAACGUGGGUAAGACCAAAGCUUGGCUUUCCCCAUCUCUUAAAAA